AAUAGUUUCCAUGACCUUCACCAGUGCUCAGUCAUUCACUGUUCUUCCAAGUGAGUUGAGUCUCUCGUGAGCGAUUCCUCCGAUUUUAAAGAAAUGGGAUGUGCAUUGAAUAUUUCUGUCAUAGUGCUAUUAGUUUCUAUAGUAAUUGGAUAUUAUGUUUACAAUUAUACAUUACCGCCACCAGUACCAAAGAUUGAAUUAACAUAUUGGGGACCAGGAACAGAAAAACCCGAUGACAAAACCAUCAAACCUUUUAAAAUUAACAUACCCAAAUCUGAGUUAGAAGAUCUUAGAGAAAGGAUAAUUAAUACUAGAAAAUUAACACCUCCUUUGGUUGAUGGCUUUACUUAUGGAUUCAAUACAGUUUAUCUGAAUAAGUUUGUAGAAUUUUGGAAAAAUAAAUACAAUUGGACAGAAAGAGAAACUUAUCUCAAUAAAUAUCCUCAAUUUACAACAAAAAUUGGAGGAUUAAAUAUACAUUUUCUACAUGUGAAACCUGAUAAAUCGUUAGUUAAAGGGAGGAAAGUUUUGCCGUUAUUGAUGAUCCAUGGAUGGCCUGGCUCUGUAGUAGAGUUUUAUAAAAUAAUUCCAAUGCUAACAACUCCAAGGCCAGAUGCUGAUUUUGUUUUUGAGGUAAUUGCACCAUCCCUUCCUGGUUACGCAUUCUCAGAGGCUCCAUCAAAGCCAGGUCUACAUGUGGGACACAUUGGAUUGAUAUUCAAUGAGUUGAUGGCUCGACUUGGUUUUAAGCAAUACUAUAUUCAAGGAGGCGAUUGGGGUUCUUUCAUUGGCCAUGCACUUACCAUCUUAAGGCCUGAUAGGGUUCUUGGUUAUCAUUCAAAUAUCUGUUCAGCUCAAACCCCUAAAGCAAGAUUAUAUAUGUUACUAUUUUAUUUGUUCCCUAAAUUAUUUGUUGAAGAAUCUUUACAAGAAAAAUAUGUAUCGCAAUUUUCUGAUAUGAUCCUUGAAAGUGGAUAUUUUCAUUUACAAACUACAAAACCAGAUACAGUUGGUGUUGCCCUGACAGAUUCACCUGUUGGACUGGCUGCUUAUAUUCUCGAAAAAUUUUCAACUUGGACAGAUAGAAAUUGGAGAUCCCUUCCAGAUGGUGGACUUGAAAAUCUGGACAAAGUUGAGCUUCUUGAUAACAUUAUGAUUUACUGGUUAACCAACAGCAUAACUACUUCGGUCAGAUUAUAUAAAGAAUUCUUCGUUGACGAUAUAACUAAACAUGGAAUGUUUCAGAGUCCAACUAUGGUUCCAACAGGUUGUAUUUAUUUCAAGCAUGAACUAAUGAUAUAUCCUCGCCAAAUAGUGGAAGAAGGUUUUAAAAAUUUAAUUUCAUACAAUCAUCAACCAAAGGGUGGUCACUUUGGAGCAAUGGAAGUGCCUGAGUUACUAUCAGCAGACAUUUGGAACUUCAUAAAACUGCUCAACAAAAAGAAAUAAAAUCUAGUGAUAAAUAUAAUUUUUAUAAAAAUAUAUUUUUAUUUUUAU